UGAUCUUACUUCACCGUCAGCUGGCUUUGAACUCUCCGAACUGUUCGUUGUUUGUGGUUUCGGUACAUUCGGCAACGUAACUGUGAAUUACAUCGCGAGAUAGUUCCUGGAUCCAAAGAUUUUAUGGACGAGUCUCUUGAUCAUUGACCUAUUGAGAACGCAUACGUAACCCUACAGAUUGACGAUUUCCAACGUCUCGCCCUUUUGUUGGGAUCCGACAGAAUUUGUUGUAUCCAUUCGGAAGUCGUUGGACCAACUUGCGGCAGUUUCGAUCUCGACGCGCACUCUUUCGCUCGGCGGGAGAAACAUACGAUAGUCUAGCUUCGUCCGACGCUUCUUCUUCGUCAUCUUCCAACCUUGGGAGUGUCCAGCAUGAUUGCGUCCCGCAUCUGUACUAUCACUCCACGCCAGAGUCGUCGUCAUCGUCUCAUUCUCGUCGAAAAUCUGGCACGACGCAGUCUGCGGCAACCGGUACUGGCGUCCUCCUCUUGCUUUGCUUUGCGGACUUCCACCACCGGAGCAUCCACGUCUACUGGACGUACGCCGUCUUUCAACACUAGCAGCAGCAGCAACACCAAACCCUGGUUCACCGCCGCGGUUCUGGCCUUGACCUCACUUUCCGUCGGCUACGCUGCUGGACGUGCGGAAGAACAAGCCACGCAUCACCGCGUACUCCCCGAUGGGUUGCCCCGUACCUGUUGCGACAACCCGUCUUCCCCCGGUGGUACGGUUGCACCACACGCUUACACGGCCGCGCAACAGGCUCUGCCCGACCAGUUGCGCAAAAUUGUCGGUAAAAACAACGUCUUGGACGGAAAUGUCGAGAGUACCCACACUCUGCCCUUUCUCAAGGGUGCCAGGCUAGGAUUCGGACACGCCUUGGCCAUCGUCACGCCCGAAUCCCUACAAGACGUCGUGGAUUGCGUCCAGGCCAUUGUUAACGCCGAUUGUGUCGCCCUCCCGCAAGGUCGCAACACUGGUCUGACCGGGGGCUCCGUCCCACAUUCCCACGAUACACGCCCCACCGUCGUCCUUUCUCUCAAACGUCUCGACCGUAUAUUCCCCCUUGAUGACGGCAACAAAGUCGUGUGCUUGGCCGGUGUCGGCCUCGCAUCGCUCGAACAAUUCCUCAAACAAGAAUUUCCCGACCGCGAAUCCCAUUCCAUUCUCGGUUCCACAUUUUUGAACCCCACCACCGCCGCUGGCGUUGCUUUUGGGUCCGGUAGGACACAACUCCGCAAGGGACCGGCCUACACCGAAAGGGCUCUCUAUCUCAAAAUUUGUACCAACAAGUGGAACGAAAAGAACGUAGAAAUUGUCGACACGCUCGGCAUUGAAGGAAUGGAAGCAGGCGAUAUUGACCCCCACCGUGCGCGCAAAAUGGACUCCAUUCCUUCGCGUCUCGAUCGGUGGAGCAAGAUGAUUGCCGACGGUUACGCCAAAGACAUGCGCUACUCCUCUCGGAAAGGUGCCGGCGCAUUGCCCGCCAGUGACACUGAUUACGCCCGACGGUUGUGUCAGCACGAUACCAAUGUCAGUCGGUACAACGCCGACACACGUGGUCCCGAUUUGUGUCGCUCCGAAGGCAAGAUCGUCAUUCUCGCUACCGUCCACGACACCUUCCCCAAACCGAAAGAAACGCAAGCCUUUUGGAUUGGCUUUGAUACGCUCGAAACAGCCCUGGACUUUCGCAAGCAAGUCUGCCUUAACAAUCCCAAAGAUUUACCCGUGUCAAUGGAAUACAUGGAUCGUGACGCCUUUGAUGUUGUCGACCGCUCCGGGCGUUUAUUGGGACAAACCAUCAAACUCACAGGGCCCUCGUCACCAAUUGUGGCUCAAUUGUGGGGUAUCAAGCUCUUUAUCGAGGCCUUGCCGCUGCCGGGCGCCAGUCUGAUCUGUGACAAAGCACUCCAUUGGUGCAACAACUUACUCCCUGCUACCCUGCCAAAGGACAUUCUAACCACGGGCCGUACGAUGCACCAUCACGUGGCCAUGACCGUUGGCGAAUUUGGCGACGGCAACAUGGAGCGGCUGUUGCACCGCAUGCAGGAUUUUGCCAAACAGCAUGGGGCGGAGCAGGUCAAAAUUCACAAAGUGCAGGCCAAAGAUUUGUCGGGCUUGACCGCCUUUCGCUUCGUAGCGGCUCCCGCCUUUCGAACGUGGUGCGUGGGCGAAGGCGUACAAGGCUUCAGCGUGGACUACGCUUUGCCUAAGAACGCGGGUGAGGCUCCCAAGCUGGGCCAAGCCGGACCCAUGCCACUCAAGAGGAUGCGCUACUCCCAUUUUGGUUGCAACGUCGUACACGAAGAUCUCGCUUACGCCAAUGGCGUUGAUAUCCACGAAGCUAAGCAUGAUCUGAAAAAGACACGUUGGCAAAAAAUGGAUCCGCUGAAUGUUUUAAACCCUGGUGUUGGAGGUCUUUCCGAAAAGGCCCGCUACUCAGAGUAAAUAAAUGGAUAUCAUAGUAUUUGUAAUUAAUAAAUAUAGCCCGCUACGUUUGGACUUCG